AUGGCCAAUUCUUCAGCUACGGCACAGAAUGCAUGCUCGAUUCCAAUUACCGUCGAGUUCACUGGCGGCUUAGAACUACUCUUUGGCAAUGAGCGCAAGCAUAAGGUCGUUCUGCCUUCUCAACUGGAGGAUAGCACACGGCCGAACAUCUCAUACUUGCUUAAAUACUUGGUCGAAAACCUCAUGAAGGAUCAGAGAACAGACAUGUUUAUCAUGGAGGACAAUGUACGACCGGGCAUUCUCGUGCUCAUCAAUGACGCCGACUGGGAACUCGAAGGCGAAGAAACAUAUGAACUGCAAGAGGGGGACAAUAUUGUCUUUGUCUCGACCUUACAUGGUGGUUAA